AUGAAAAUUGCAUGUGAAACUCAAAUUAUCUAUAGACAAUUGUCUAAUAACUUAACCAAUAAAACUGUGAAAUCAACAUUGUCAGUUGGAAUUCAUCCACCCAGAAAAGAAGAUGGCCAAUUGUUUAUUAUGCUCUUUACUCCGCAGCACAAAAAUGGAAUCAACGAAAAUAGUAUUACUAAAAUACCCAAGGAACUUGGAAAACUUAAAUUAACAGAAUUAGAUCUGUCCAAUAAUAACUUGGGAGAAAAUCAAUCAAAUAAAGAUUGGGAAUGGAUCACAAAUGGAAGUAUCUUGAACAGUUUAAGAUCAUUAAAUUUAAGUAAAAAUAAGUUAUCUUAUUUCCCGAGAUUGAAUAAUCUAAAGUUUUUACAUAUCUUUUCGAAUAAACUGGAAUCUUUACCAAAUAGUCUUAAUUAUAUUCACUUGGAUACAUUAGAUGUUUGGAAUAACAAUUUUCAAUCACAAUCUCUUGAUGCACAAAUUACAAGCAAAGCAAAAGGAUAUAUACCACCUCUUUGGGAAAUGGCAGCUCGUGUCGUUGAAUCCAAAAGUCUGUCAUAUAAUUCAUCAACAAUUCCAAGUAUACUUGUUGAUAUUAUGUCUGAAAGUCCGCUUUGUGUUUGCGGUUUGUUAAGUUUUUCAUCACAAAUUUAUGAAAGAUCAGCAAUUAUAAGUUUAGAUCAUGUUAAACAUUUAGUUUUUAGCAGAGAACAACCUAUUUAUCAAGAUUGUGCUGCUUGCAGUGAUAAGUGCGUUUCAAAAUUGUAUUCUAAUUGA